AUGCCGCAAGGACAGACGUUAAAGUCGAAGGCGAAGCGAGCGACCGGGCGCGUCGGGGCGGGCAAAACGAAGAAGGUCGCCGCGAAUCGACACGGAAAAGUCAUAAAGCAAAGGAAGGGCAAGUUUGCUUUCUCGCCGUCGAGCACGGCGUCGGUAGUCUCGAGGCACAAGCAAAACGCCGACAUCACCCGGCAAGUAAACGAGAAGAACGAGCUCGAGUUCAGUCGACGCGCGACCGCGUCGGGGGGGACGUUUCGCUUAUUGAAGGCGCCCGAAGGCGUCGAGCUCGGCGAAGCGAAUCGCGGCCCGAAGCCAAAAAAACGCGCGAAACCGGUGGUUAAGACGCCGGCGCAAUUGCAGGCGGAGAAGAACGCAUCUAAGUGGUCUUAUUAA